AUGAAGCCAGCUACCGCUCUCAUGCUGCUUGGGGCAGCCUUGCUCCUGAUCUCAGGCGGAAAUGGUGAAAUAUGCUCAGCCGUGAAAGAGGAUGUGGAUCUGUUCCUGUACGGAACCACUGAUGAAUACGUUAACUAUGUCGGAAAAUUCAACAGUAAUCCUCUAGUACUGGACAACGCUAGGUUUCUUAAGCAAUGUGUUGAUGCCAAUUUGACAGCAGUGGAUAAGGCGAAUGCAUCCAGUGGGUUGGUGAGUCUGCCAGUGUGUGCUUUUAUGUCUGUGCCUGUCUGGCGAUCCGCUCCUCCCAGGGUGUGGUAGGAGAAGAAAAUAGGAACAUUCAUUCUCCUUCC